UAAAUUACUAGCAACAGUGUUGCCUCAAAUUCAUCUAAAAGAUUCACAUUUACUGCCUGAGAAAUGUUUUAUAUUUAGUCAAAUAAUACAAUUAGAAUUAUAAGACACUAUAUAGAGCUCUUACCAAUCAAAUUAACUCCCAGCAACAAAGUUAAUCUUUGUACUGCAGAGGGGGCAUGGAAAUUGAGAUGGUACAAUUACAGCUGCCUAAAUAAUGAUGAGAGUAAUGUUUUAAAAAUACAAUUUUGUUUAUUGAACAUAUAACUUUGUACAAAAUAUCACAUUUGCAAUCAUGCUCAUAUUUGUGAAAUCCGUUCUCUUGCUGUUGUUGUUUAAUCAUAUCAUAUAUCAUGAUAUAAAUAGCAAGAUCUCAAACAAGUACCGUUUUGCAAUAAUUUCUUGAAUUUUGUGGGAAUUUGUAUUAAUUUUGGUGCCAUUUUUGAUAUAAUCCCUCAUUGAUUUCUGACGUGUGCCAACAGUUACAAAAGAAAUCAAAGUUAUUGAUUGGAUUUGAAGCAGGAAUUUUUCCAUCCAAUCGCAGUAAUGAUGUUAACAAAUAAAUCAUACAAUUUAGUGCAGUCAUGGUCUUAGUCUUGGUCAUUACAAAAGUAAGGUUUUUGUGUUUGUUACCUGCAGGUCAAAAUGAAGCAAAGUGUUUAUCAUGACAGCGUCACAGUAAUCUCUCUAAACCAGCCCGUAUACAUAGUGGAGAAGAUGACACCAGAUAUGGAAGAUUCCAUGAAGAAAGUUUUAGGCUGGACUGUGAAAAUCCUCAGUGUGAGAGCUGAAGAUGGGAUUGAGAUGUGCUCCAUUCUCAGAGAAUCUACAGACAAAACUUAUGUCAGUUUCAUUGCCAUGGACUCCAGUGGAGCUGUCAUCAAAGCCACAGAGGUCAAAGAGAAACUGAACACUGAGCUCAAAGCUUUAACAUCUGAACUGGAGAAGGUUUUUGGUCCUGGUUUGGAAAUCAAAGUGGAGGACAGUCCUGAAAACCCUGAAGGUCCCGGUCAAGGAGUCACAAUUACUCUCAUCGCUUUCGGGGUGGUGCUGGCUAUUAGCAUUGUGAAUAUUGUGUCAACGGUUAUCUAUAAUGUCAAGAAAAAGAAACAGGAACAUUUAUUGUGCCAAAAUUUACAUGAAAAUGUACCUGUACCUCAAAGGAGAUGGAGUCUUGACAACCUUGCUGACUUUAACAUAAACCCAGAAUCCAGAGCGGCAAUGGAACUUCAUGAAAUAAAAAGUAAAGCACAUUGAUGAAACGACAAACUAAAGACUAUAACAAGUCUCAGGUUUCUGUGGGAAUCGGAGCUUCCAACGGCAGCUGCAGUGACACAAUGACUUUACCAAUCAGUGAUUGGCUCUUUUAUUUAUAAAGCGGGACAUAUUACGCCAUAUUGAGCGUUGCAGUUUCUCCCAUUCAUAAGUAAUAGGAGUGAACUGUCUUUAUAUAUCUAUAGACUUUGGUUAAAAUUAAGUUUAUGAUCCAUAACUACUGAGGGUUCCGGAAGUAUUUUUUCCAAUCAUUUUCUCCAUAGGGAAAUAUAUUUUUAACAAUAACUUAAAAACCUUAAAAGACAGCCCUACUGUGAGCUACA